CCAGGGAGAAGAAGACAAAACAUCAUUGCCGCACCGCCGGUCAAUCGGUAAGAGAAUUCGAGUAGUACUGCCUAAUGUACUAGUACCGAAGUCGAACAAAAAGACGCUGCAAAAAAUAGAAAUUCGAAGAGGACCGUAUCGUAAUCGCUGACGAAGACGAUGGACGUUAUUAUGGUAUGGUCCGAUGAUCGGCGGUUGGCAAGAUGUUUUGUCGUGAAAGAAGGAAGGAAGGAGGAAGGAAGGAUUGCGGUGCGAGGGUGUGAGGGUGCGAGUGUUCCCAAAUGCUGGAAGGAGCGAUGCGAUGGGUCGGUGCGGGCAGUGAGUGCAGUGUGUAGUGGAUCAGGCAU